AUGAUUCUAGACGACGACGACGACAAAGAAAGUGCAGACUUGGUAAUCCUGCCUCCAUCAAAUGGAGGCGACCCUUUGACUGACGAGGAAGAGGAGAUUGCUGAUAUGUUGCUAACCUCUACUCUGCCGUGCGAUGUCGCCGGCGAAGUUGAAGUGCGAUCUACAAAUGUUGAUGACCAAACGGUUGAGCAGCCAGCAAAGAAAAAGAAAAAACCAGCAGAUGUGCCAAACUGGCAGGUUCAUGAGAUAUUCUCAGAACCAAUUCAUUCAACUGUGCCUGAACCUCUUCGCGUCCUGCGUCCCGAUUUAGUAGACAUGGAGCCUAUACUUCUCUUCAAGAAGUUUUUCAAUGACGAAGUGGAUUUGUACUGGUCCAAAGCCGAAGACGUGAGCGUGCCUCUCGUUGGAAAAGUGAUGAGCCGGUUCAAGUUUCGACAGGUAAAAAAGUACCUACAUGCAGCCGACAACGAAACGCUGGACAGGAACGACAAGAUUUCGAAACUUCGUCCGCUUUUGGAAGCAGUCAACAAAAGCCUGCUGCAGUUUGGCGUACUUGCAACGGAGCAAAGUGUGGAUGAGCAAAUGGUGCCUUACUUUGGACGCCACAGCUGCAAGAUGUUCAUCAAAGGAAAGCCCAUUCGUUUUGGGUAUAAGCAGUGGGUCUUGUGCUCUUCUUCGGGAUAUCCUUUUCAUAUUGACAUCUACUGUGGAAAGAAUGCUGAAAUAUCAACCGCAGAGCCUUUGGGCAGUCGAGUGGUACUUACUGCAUUGAAAUGUGUUUCUAUGCCUACUGACCACACCGUGUUCAUGGACAACUUCUUCGCAUCGCACAGCCUUCUGCAAGAGUUGAAACACUUGGGCUUUCGAGCGACAGGAACAGUAAGAGAAGCAAGGCUAAAAAAGUGUCCCCUUGAAGACACCAAGCUACUCAGCAAAAAAAACCGCGGAGAGUUCGACUUGCGCUGCGACGGAGAAGUGCUUGCUGUGAAAUGGAACGAUAACAAGUGCGUGUGCUUGGCAACCAACUAUGACACUGUUCAUCCUAUGGUGAGCACCACCCGCUACAGUCGAACACAGCGCAAGAGAGUUCAAGUACAACAGCCCAAACUCAUCCAGCAAUAUAACAAGCACAUGGGUGGCGUUGAUUUGCUUGAUAGGUUUAUUAGUGACUACAGGCCCACUCUUCGUAGUAAGAAAUGGUAUUGGCCACUGCUUUCCAACCUGCUUGUGACGCUGCGAGUGGCAGCAUGGAGGCUCCACGUGGACCUCCAGAACGAGCCUCAACAUGAUCAAUUGCAGUUUGUGCGACUCAUUGUACAAGGCCUUUUCGGCAAAGUUGCCCCGGAACGAGAAGUACCAGGUCCAUCUGGAGCCUUGCACUUCUGGAACACUAAUGGAAGUGGCCAUCACAUGGCUCCAUCCGGAAAGCAAAGACGCUGCCGGCUUUGCAAGAAAAACUCCCGAAUGAUGUGCAAAAAGUGUGAAGUCCCUCUGCACAUCCACUGCGCAGAGCAGUUUCACAAGUAG